ACGACAGUUGUUUUACGACUGCUGUCGUUGACAGGCGCGGAAUUUGUAAAAUCAAUAACAUCACAUUUAUCUGCCGUUUUUACCAACCCUUUUAGUUGGCAAAAUAGUUUUAAAACUAUUUAUUUAUUAGCAGAUUGGGUCCACGCUAAUGCACGUUACAUUGUACAUUGUGUUUAAGUGAUCAGGAAAAUUGUAAGGUUAAGCUUCGGCAUGUAAACUUAGUUUCAGGGUUGAAGUUUGACAUGAUUUAGCUAGCUUACUCCUAUCAAGCUAACUGACCCUGUGAGAUCUGGACAGUUUUAUGUUGUGUCAAUCUGUUGGAUCAUUCAAAAUAACAGUUUGUAACAACGCUUCAGGAGUUAUAUUGACUAAUGUUAGCUGGGCACGACGUGUGUGUAACGUUAUGAUAAGUGUAGGUCCAACGCGCCCUGGCUAGGCUAGGCUAGCUAUGCUGAUACAUCAUCUGACUAGGGCUCUGUUCACAUCCGGACGACCGUUAACGUUACGGCUCCAGGUCCACAGGGGGUUUAGCGUCACCGGACAGAAGAGGACAGACUCCCCGGGAGACAUGAUCCGGAGGACUCCGAUCAAACGGGUUCUCUGUGUGGCGGAGAAGAAUGACGCGGCCAAAGGCAUCGCGGAGAUCAUGUCCGACGGCAGAGCGAGGAGGAGUGAGGGGCUGUCCGUCUAUAAUAAACUCUAUGAGUAUGAAUACAACCUGUUUGGAAGGAAUGUGACGGUGUGUAUGACGUCAGUGUCAGGUCAUCUGUUGGGUCUGGAGUUCAAGGCUCAGUUCCAGAAAUGGCACAGCUGUAAUCCUGUCCUGCUGUUUGAUGCUGAGGUGGAGAAGUAUUGUCCUGAGAACUUUGUUCAGAUCAAGCGGACCCUAGAGAGAGAGGUGAGUCAGUGCCAGGCGCUUGUCAUCUGGACAGAUUGUGACAGAGAGGGAGAGAACAUCGGCUUUGAGGUGAUAGACGUCUGCAAAGCAGUCAAGCCCGGUGUGCAGGUGUUCCGUGCUCGGUUCUCUGAGAUCACUCCCAACUCUAUCAGGAGAGCAUGUGACACGUUAACGGAACCAGACGGCAACGUCAGUGAUGCUGUGGACGUCCGUCAGGAGCUGGACCUUAGGAUAGGUGCAUCGUUUACCAGGUUCCAGACACUCCGCCUCCAGAAGACCUUCCCCGCCUCGUUAGCCAAUCAGCUGAUCUCGUAUGGCAGUUGUCAGUUCCCUACGCUGGGAUUCGUUGUGGAACGUUUCAAAUCCAUCCAGGCGUUUAUACCGGAGACAUUCUACAAGAUCAGAGUCCUCCAUGAGGUAGAGGAGGAAUCAGUAGAGUUCAGCUGGAAGAGGAACAGACUGUUCAACCACACAGCCUGUCUAGUGAUCUACCAGAUCUGUAUGGAGGAUCCCAUAGCAACCGUCACCUCGGUAACCAGUAAACCCAAAAGCAAGUGGAGGCCGCUGCCCCUGGACACAGUGGAAAUGGAGAAGCUGGUUUCCAGGAAGUUGAGAAUCGGUGCCAAAGAGACCAUGAAGAUCGCUGAGAAACUAUACACACAGGGGUUAAUCAGUUAUCCGCGAACAGAGACCAACCUGUUUCCUAAGGACCUGGCCCUGGGCCCCUUGGUGGAGCAUCAGACACACAGCUCCUCCUGGGGGGCCUUCGCUAGGGGGGUGAUGGAGCAGCCAGGGGGACCCAACCCACGGCAGGGCACCAAGACAGAUCAGGCUCAUCCCCCAAUACACCCCAUCAAGUACACCAACACACUACAGUGUGAAUGUGUGUCUGUAGGUUAUAACUCCAUGGGGUAUGAGAUGUCUAAGCCACACCUGCGGGCGGAGCUGGAGGCGGACCUGAAGCUGGUAUCGGAGGGGAGGAAGGACAAACAGAGCGUGUUGAGACAUCACAUUCACAAAUACAAGACGGUCUUCGUAGAGUCUGUUAAGAAAGCCAAGAGGUUGGACGAGGCUCUGUCUAUCUAUCUGGGCGCGGCCCAGGAGUUCAGCGAAUCAGAGCAGCAGGAUAUGGAAAUGCCCCUCCCAGUCAGGAAAUGUCCUCAGUGUGGGCGGGACAUGGUGCUGCGGAGGAGGAAGGAGGGGAACGGACUACUCUACAUGACUCUCUUCCUCUGCAGGUUAAAGUUGAAGUUCCGACGAGGCAGCCUCCCUCCCAUGAUGCCGUUGGAGUUUGUGGGCUGCAUCGGAGGGUGUGACGAGACACUGAGGGAGGUGCUCAACCUCAAAUACCUCAGAAUGGGUGGAGGGGGGGUGGCGGGAGGAGUAGGAGGAGCUGUAGGAGGAAGAGGGGGAGCUGGGGGAGGAAGAGGAGUAGGAGCAGCUGGGGGAGGAAGAGGGGGAGCUGGGGGAGGAAGAGGAGGAGGAGGAGGAAGGGGAGACACUGCAACCAAUCAGCCUCGACCUCGCCCAGCCCCCAGACCGGACCCCCUGUCUCCCCAAGCCCCCAACCCCCCCUCCUCGUCCUGGCCCCCUCGCCCUGACCCCCAGGCCCCACCCACUGACCCCAGAGGCGGUGACGUCACAGUGUGUAACUGUGGGUCGGAGGCGGUCCUCCUCACCGUGAGGAAAGACGGACCUAACCAGGGCAGACAGUUCUAUAAGUGUUCCUCUGGAGGCUGUAACUUCUUCCUGUGGACCGACCAGCCCGACACUAACAUUUACCCUCCAGGCCCCCAGGGGGCGCCACCCAGCAGGCCACACCAGCCCCCCAGGACCCCCGUGGGGGAGGUGGUGUGUAACUGCAGUGAGCCAGCGGUUCAGAGGACAGUGCAGAAGGAAGGACCGAAUAAAGGAAGAGUGUUCCAUACCUGUGGGAAGCCCAGAGAUCAACAGUGUGGAUUCUUCCUCUGGGUCGACGAGAACAUCCCACCACCAGGUUCAGGUUCUGGAGGGGGAGACUGGGGGAAGAGGGGGAGGGAGACUGGGGGAGGAGGAGCCCCCCCCACCACCAAACCCCCCGCUACCAGGAAGCCCCGUACCUGUGGCAUCUGUCACAUGCCUGGACACACACGUGUCACCUGCCCUCAGCGCUGACCUUUAACCCCUGAUCCCACUGCUGCCAUGGAGAUGCUCUGACUCUGAUGUGAUCAAGGAAGCUCAGCGGUUGACGUUGUUGAUAUAAACACAGAACUAUAAUCAGUUUACCUUCAACCCGCCCCUUAACCCUAAACAUCAGGAGGGGAUCCCAGACGGACCAGAGGCCAGCUCUAGAGGCGUUAAACCAUUUGGGACCGGAGUGGAGUGGGACUGGGUUCAUUCUGCCUGUGUCUCACCUCUGACAGAGGAACUGCAUUUAUAUGACAUGGAGAAUAGAUCAAUAUUUUACAGAGAAAUAAAAUAAUGGAUUUGAAUGGUAAUUUGUCCCCAAUAUGUAACAAUACAGUAACACUCCUCCCAGAUGGUAAAUCCAAGUACCAGCUGGGAGGAGCCAGACGGGAGAAAGGGGAGAUUAAUACGGGUAUAUUUGAAUGUUUAUAUAAAAUCACUGAUCCCAGCAA